AAGCGUUUCACUACAAAUUCUUCUUUUUGGGUUGGGGAACGCAGUGGAUUAUAGCUCUGUUUGCUUCUUUCCCAAACUGUGCACCCCUGGAUGAAAGGAGAUCUGCCAGUGGUCUGGGGUUCGAUGCUCUAGAACAUUCCAAAGCUCGUGGCUUGAAUUAUUUUAAAGAAGGAAGUGACUGAAGAGAAGCAGAGGCAGGCUGUUUCUGAGGACCCUGCUCCACAGAGAAUGUCCUGCUCCCGUUGAUACUCCAGUUCCAACACCGCCUUCUGAGAUGAUCCUGAUUCCCAGAAUGCCCUUGGUACUACUCCUGCUGUUGCCUAUCUUGAAUGCUGCAAAAGCUCAGGUUAAUCCAGCCAUAUGCCGCUAUCCUCUGGGCAUGUCAGGAGGCCACAUUCCAGAUGAGGAUAUCACAGCCUCCAGUCAGUGGUCAGAGUCUACAGCCGCCAAGUAUGGAAGGCUGGACUCAGAAGAAGGAGAUGGAGCCUGGUGUCCUGAGAUUCCAGUGGAACCUGAUGACCUGAAGGAAUUUCUGCAGAUUGACUUGCACACCCUACAUUUUAUUACUCUGGUGGGGACCCAGGGGCGCCAUGCAGGGGGUCAUGGCAUUGAGUUUGCCCCCAUGUACAAGAUCAAUUACAGUCGGGAUGGCACUCGCUGGAUCUCUUGGCGGAACCGGCAUGGGAAACAGGUGCUGGAUGGAAACAGUAACCCCUAUGACAUUUUCCUAAAGGACCUGGAGCCCCCCAUUGUGGCCAGAUUUGUCCGGUUCAUUCCAGUCACCGACCACUCCAUGAACGUGUGCAUGAGGGUGGAGCUUUAUGGCUGUGUCUGGCUAGAUGGCUUGGUGUCUUACAAUGCUCCAGCUGGGCAGCAGUUUGUACUCCCUGGAGGCUCCAUCAUUUAUCUGAACGACUCUGUCUAUGAUGGAGCUGUUGGGUACAGCAUGACGGAAGGGCUAGGCCAGUUGACAGAUGGAGUGUCUGGCCUGGACGAUUUCACCCAGACGCAUGAGUACCACGUGUGGCCUGGCUAUGACUAUGUGGGCUGGCGGAAUGAGAGUGCCACCAAUGGCUACAUUGAGAUCAUGUUUGAAUUUGACCGCAUCAGGAAUUUCACUACUAUGAAGGUCCACUGCAACAACAUGUUUGCGAAAGGUGUGAAGAUCUUUAAGGAAGUGCAGUGCUACUUCCGCUCUGAUGCCAAUGAAUGGGAGCCUAACGCCGUGUCCUUCCCCCUUGUCCUGGAUGACGUCAACCCCAGUGCUCGGUUUGUCACGGUGCCCCUUCACCACCGAAUGGCCAGUGCCAUCAAGUGCCAAUACCACUUUGCUGACACCUGGAUGAUGUUCAGUGAGAUCACCUUCCAAUCAGAUGCUGCAAUGUAUAACAACUCUGGAGCCCUGCCCACCUCUCCCAUGGCACCUACAACCUAUGACCCAAUGCUUAAAGUCGAUGACAGCAAUACUCGGAUCCUGAUUGGCUGUUUGGUGGCCAUCAUCUUCAUCCUCCUGGCCAUCAUUGUCAUUAUCCUCUGGAGGCAGUUCUGGCAGAAAAUGCUGGAGAAGGCUUCCCGGAGGAUGCUGGAUGAUGAAAUGACAGUCAGCCUUUCCCUGCCAAGUGAUUCCAGCAUGUUCAACAAUAACCGCUCCUCAUCGCCAAGUGAACAGGAGUCUAACUCCACUUACGAUCGCAUCUUUCCCCUUCGCCCUGACUACCAGGAGCCAUCUAGGCUCAUACGAAAACUUCCAGAGUUUGCUCCAGGAGAGGAGGAGUCAGGCUGCAGUGGCAUGGUGAAACCAGUCCAGCCCAGUGGCCCUGAGGGCGUGCCCCACUAUGCCGAGGCUGACAUAGUGAAUCUCCAGGGAGUGACAGGUGGCAACACCUACUCAGUGCCUGCUGUCACCAUGGACUUGCUCUCAGGGAAAGAUGUGGCUGUGGAAGAGUUCCCCAGGAAACUCUUAACUUUCAAGGAGAAACUGGGAGAAGGCCAGUUUGGGGAGGUUCAUCUCUGUGAGGUGGAGGGGAUGGAAAAAUUCAAAGACAAAGACUUUGCCCUGGAUGUCAGUGCCAACCAGCCUGUCCUGGUGGCCGUGAAAAUGCUCCGAGCAGAUGCCAACAAGAAUGCCAGGAAUGAUUUUCUUAAGGAGAUAAAAAUCAUGUCCCGUCUCAAGGACCCAAACAUCAUCCGUCUCUUAGCUGUGUGUAUCACUGAGGACCCUCUCUGCAUGAUCACUGAGUACAUGGAGAAUGGAGAUCUCAACCAGUUUCUUUCCCGCCAUGAGCCUCCAAAUUCUUCUUCCAGUAAUGUGCCCACUGUCAGUUACACCAAUCUGAAGUUUAUGGCUACCCAGAUCGCUUCUGGCAUGAAAUACCUUUCCUCUCUUAAUUUUGUCCAUCGAGAUCUGGCCACACGGAACUGCUUAGUGGGUAAGAACUACACCAUCAAGAUAGCCGACUUUGGGAUGAGCAGAAACCUGUACAGUGGUGACUAUUACCGGAUCCAGGGCCGGGCGGUGCUCCCGAUCCGCUGGAUGUCUUGGGAGAGCAUCUUGCUGGGCAAAUUCACUACAGCAAGUGAUGUGUGGGCCUUUGGGGUUACUCUGUGGGAGACUUUCACCUUUUGCCAGGAGCAGCCCUAUUCCCAGCUGUCAGAUGAACAGGUUAUUGAGAAUACAGGAGAGUUCUUCCGAGACCAAGGGAGGCAGACAUACCUUCCACAGCCAGCCAUUUGCCCUGACUCUGUGUAUAAGCUGAUGCUCAGCUGCUGGAGGAGAGAUACGAAGCAUCGUCCCUCGUUCCAAGAGAUCCACCUUCUGCUCCUUCAACAAGGGGACGAGUGAUGCCAUCCACGCCUGGCAACGUUCUGAUGGCCCAGGUCCUCCUCACAACACCUACCACUCACCCACGCCUAAGCCACUCCGUCUGGACAUUUCAUGAACCUGAGAGACAGAGGCUUGUUUGCUUUGCUCUCUCUUUCUCUCUUCCUCACCUCCUCCCACUGCACUCCUCCCCUCCCUACACCGAAGUCAUAUAUACCUUUUUUUUUUACAUUAAAA